GCGGAGGUAUUUGCAGCGGCUUUGAGCUGGCAGGUCGCAGAGGGCGUGCGGAGCAUGCUGCGCGAGUGGGGCGUGAUGCUCGACCCACCGGUGCUCCUGGUAGACAACCAGAGCGCCCUCCGAGUUGCUCACUUCGGAGGUUCAUGGCGUACGCGGUAUUUUGCUGUCAGAGCGCACAGGAUUGGCCAAGAGCACGCAGAGGGACAUAUUUCUUUGAGGUUUUCCCCUACAGCCACUAUGAUGGCAGAUGCGUUGACUAAGCUGGCGAGCGCAGAGGUUUUGUCCAAGCUCCGAGCUUGCAUGGACGGACGGCCGCCGCCCAUCCCAGGGGCGACCUUCGAGAUCAAGGGCGCGGACGAGUGCUGGUGGUCCCUGAUGGUCAUCAACCGCCGGCCGGUGCAGACGAAGAGGCGUAACGGCAAGAAACGCCACUUUGCGGUGACCCCAGGCAGGGCGCAGCAGGGAGACCCUGCCGGCGACGGCCCUAUUCAACAGCAGAUCAACGACAUCUACAUGCGUAAGCUGGCCCAGAUAUGGCUUGACAGCGGGAGUAAUAACAUUUAUCGGCUCGAAGAAAUCCGAGCCCGGCACAACCACCACAUGUAUUACUUCUACCAGCGCGUGUGCCUCGCUCACGGAAUCAUCCCAGAGCCCCCGAUCAUCCCUGACGGUAUCGAGGUGAAGGACGAGACCUUCAAGGAGGAAACCUGCAAGCAGGAGACCACCGAGAACGGCGACGAGGAGAUCUGCCAGCAGGAGGCUGCCGAGGACUGCAAGGAGGAGGCUGCCGAGAAGACGGACGCAGCAUCCGUCCCUGACGUGGGAGACGGGCAGGACGGUCCUUGGAAGAAGAAGAGGCGCGGAGCAGGGAAGAGGCCUGCCGGCGACCAGCGCACGCAUCGCAGGUGGGCUCAAUUAGACCAGGAGCUGAACAACGCCCAGCAGGAGGCGGCUCCAGCGACCGAGUGGCUCUGA